AUGUCAGGACGUGCUGAGCAGGGAGGCAAGGCACGUGCCAAAGCCAAGUCUAGCUCUUCCAGAGCAAGUUUGCAGUUUCCUGUGGGCAGGAUUCAUCGUCUUUUUCGCAAAGGCAAUUAUGCUGAGUCCAUCGGGGCCGGUGCGCCAGUGUACCUGGCAGCAGUACUGGAGCACCUGACCGCUGAGAAUCUGGAGCUGGCGGGAAACACGGCCCACGACAAAAGCAAGACAUGCAUCGUCCCCCGGCACCUGCAGCUGGCCAUCUGCAAUGACGAGGAGCUCAACAAGCUUCUGUGUGGUGUGACCAUUGCUCAGGGCGGUGUCCUGCCCGACAUUCAGGCCAUGCUGCUGCUGCCCAGGAAGACCGAGAGCCAUCACAAAAAGUGCAGUGCAAGGAAUGGCUCCAAAUUGCAAAGCCUACCAAAAACAUCUUGA